AAAGCCCCAAAUCACACUAUUAAAAACCCUAGAAAAUCAGAUUGAGCUCGCAGCUUCAAAUUGAUCAAAUAUUCCUCGAUUUUCUUGAAGCAUGAACGAAGAUCCGUAUCAAUCAAUCACGAAUGAGUGCCGAAUCAGCAUUCUCCAGGAGGAAAAGCUUGGGAGAUCUGGUUUUGCGUUCGAACCUGUGGAAGAAGAACCGGAGCCGGAAGAACCGGUUCGAGUCACCGGAAUAACGAUGGUGUCGCUGCCGGGGAGUGAGUCGGAGCAUAUGGAUGAAGAGAUCUUUCAUACGCCUCCGGAGCAGCAUCAGUCUCGGUCUGUUUCUAGCUGUGAUGCUCCAGGACCCGAGAUCCGACCCGGAACUCCUCAGUCGGGUCGGAAAUGUGUUGGUGAUGUUUUUGUUGAAGGUGUUGUGUGUGAUGAUGAUGAGAGUGGAGAUGAGGUUGACUUGAAGGGAAAAAAGGUUGACUCGAAAUUUAAUGGGAAAAAUGUGAUUGACACUGAAAUGGUGGACACUGAGGUAGUUAUCUUGUCAGAUGAGGAGAACUGUGAUAACGUGGUUGAUAAUGCAAAAUGUGAGAGUUCUCGAGGGCGCUUUGGUCGUAAGAAUGCUGAGGAUUUAGAUGCGGUUAGGGAUGUGUCUAGGGGAGGUGUUGGUACAUCACGUGGUGUUUCUGGGAGGCGUACAUUGCCAAAUUCGUUUAAGGAGCAAAAAGAGAAUGAAGGAUUAUGGGUUCCGAGGAGUUCUGUUAGGGAUCGUGCUGAGAGAGAAAGUAGUAACAAGCCUUUUAAUUGUGAGAUGUUUGAGAUUCUUCUGGCUUCUGCGGGGAUAGUUUUCAGUGGUGGUACUGAUACGGAUUACAUGAAGGCUGCCAGGGAGAAUGGCCUGGUAUUUUAUCGGCCUAGGUGGUGGCCAAUAGAGGGGUUUGGUAAUUAAGUCAUGGAUUGACUUCUUUUGUGAUAUAAGCCGUCAUAGAGAAUGGUAGCUACUUGCAGCAGGAACAUCAACCGCAUAGCUCAACUGUUUGACUUUCUUAAGGUGUCUCGUCUCGAUGGCUUAUAACUUUUUGCUGCAGAAAGAGUGGAUCUAGGAACGAAUCAUCAAGUAGCUGCAGUCUGGUACUCAAUCUUUUGUUAUAUAGUUCGCCUACUGCUGUAAUUAACCGUCUCUCUGUGGAUAAUAGCUAGUUUGAACUUUGAAGUAUGGUAUCCUUGGCUCUUCUCAUUUUGGUUUGACUGUAAUGCUAACGUUGUCUUACUUUAUAUCCUUUGAAAGUGAAGAGUGUUAAUGGA